GGAGGGCGGGCGGCCAAUGGGGAUGGCGGAGAGGCGUGCGCGCGCGGCGGCGGGGCCGGCGGGAGCGGGCCGGCGGCAGCGGGGGAGGCCCGGCCCGGCCCGGCCCAGAGCCCGCUGGAGCCGGAACCGGGGCCGGGCCGCGGGGGAUGCCCUGCGGCGGCGGGCGAUGGUCUCCCGGCGAGUGACGGCGCGGGAGCUGUGCGAGAACGACGACCUGGCCACCAGCCUGGUGCUGGACUCGGUGCUGGGGUUCCGGACGCACAAGAUGGGCGUUAGCCCCCUGCCCGCGCUGCGGCGGCAGCACCUGCUCCGGGCGGCCGUGGAGGGCUUCUGCCGGCGGCGGGACCUGGAGGCGGCCUGGCGGGCGCUGAGCGGCGCCUGGGCCCCCGCCUUCUUCCAGCGCCGCCGCCCGCUCCAGCGCGCCGCGCUCAAGAGCCACGUGUUCCGGUACCUGCGGAUCUUCCUGCCGGAGAGCGGCUUCGCCAUCCAGCCCUGCAGCCGCUACUCCCGCGAGACCAACGGCGCCCGCGUCGUCUCCACCCGCGCCUGGCGCAAGCACGAGACGCUGGAGCUGCUGGUGGGCUGCGUGGCCGAGCUGCGGGCGCCCGACCAGGCGCUGCUGCGCGCCGGCGAGAACGACUUCAGCGUCAUGUACUCGACACGCCGCCGCUGUGCCCAGCUCUGGCUGGGGCCCGCCGCCUUCAUCAACCACGACUGUCGCCCCAACUGCAGGCUGGUGGCGGCCGAGGGGCAGGCGGCGCGGGUGCAGGCCCUGCGCGACAUCGCGCCCCGCGACGAGAUCACCUGCUUCUACGGCGACGGGUUCUUCGGGGAGAACAACGAGCGCUGCGAGUGCCGCACCUGCGAGAGGCGGGGCGAAGGCGCGUUCCGGCAGCGGGGGAGGGGCGCGCAGCCCCCCCCGCCCCCCCCGGCGCCCCCCACCUACGACCUGCGCGAGACGGACGGGCGCCUCCUGCGGGCGGGGGGGGGCGGGGCGCCGCGGCCCCGCCCCCGCCGCCCGCCCCGCCCCCCCCAGCCCCGCCCCCCCCAGCCCCGCGUCGCCCUCCACGACUGCGUGUCGUGCGGGGGGGGCUGCCGGCUGCGGGGGGAGCCGCGCGUGCGCCUGGUCCGCCUGCGGCGCGCCCCGCCCCCCGCCGCGCCCCCCCCCCCGCGACCCCAAGCUCUGCCUGUUCGCGCACGUGCGCCUGGGCGGGGCCGGGGCGCGCGCCCCCCCCGCGGGCCCUGGGGGGGGCCCCCCCCCGCCUGCGCCUGGUGGUGACCCACGGCCGCAUCGCGCUGCAGGCGCCCCCCGGGGCCUCCGCCUGACGCGGGGGUCGCGCCCCACACCCGGGGGGGGCCCCACACCUACCUCCGCCCCCGCGGCGCCGGACGCCGGGGACGCCCCCGCCCCCCCCCCCCCUCGCGCGGGGUGGGGGUGGGGGGCGCGGGGGGGCGGGGCGUGUUUUGUACCAAAAUAAAGCAAAAGUUGGAACAAUA